UUCGGAGUUGAGGAACCAAGUGAUGAUAAUCUGGCACCUCUAGCGGCCGACCAAUGAGCUGCCGGGCCGUCUCGCCCGCGGCGGUGACCUGUUGCGGGUCGCGCGGCCCGGCGAGCGGCGUCGCCGUCAGAGGGCGGUCGGCCGGUCUGUGACGCGUUGGAGGCGGGUCUGCAUGAGUCCGGCCCGUGGUGGAGUAAAGAAAACCGAGCUUGUUGACUGAUAAUUUUAAACGUGAAUCUUCGGGGCUCCCAAAGAGCACGACCCUCGGUAACCAGUCACCUUUGAAUUCCUGACUCCGAACCGAUGAACCGGUGACGCGACACGCUUCAUGGUUGCCGAAGUCGAUACAGCUAAGCCAAUGAAAUAACGGCGACACAGCACUCACCUGGAUCAGAGAGUGACAUUGGCUCUCUGCUCGCCUGGGCCGACGAACGUGGGUUUCACCGGACUUCGGUCAUCUUCUAGUCAUUUUUACUAAUGUUUGAUCUUUGGUCGUCUGGAUCGGUCAUUUUGAGUCGCUGAGACAGUGGAAACUGGAAGCCUUCGAAGUUUGAAUCGUAUUGACCGAUGCCGGUGCCCGACACAUCUCCAGCGAUGGGUGGUCCUCUGAUAGAGCAGCGUCCCUCGGACGGCUCGGGCUGCAGCCGAUCUGCAGACUCUGAUCACCAGCUACAGGAACUGGUGUUAUGCUACUACGGGUUCCGGCCGUUCCUGGAUAACGCUCAGGUGGAGCUCAGCGACUCGUCACCACGGACCCGCAGCUCGGCAAUGACAGAGGAGACCCGCGCCCGCUCCGUGCCCACACGCCGCCGCGCCGGUCGUGGCCAGUCCGGCUCCGGCGGAGGUCACUCCGGCUCCGGGGGAGGCCACUCAGCUCCCGGAGCUGGCCGCUCUGCCUCCGGGAGUGCCCGUUCUGCGUCCGGAAACGGUCGUUCUGCGGCUGCGUACACCUCCAGUAGCAGCCGUUCGGCCUCUGGGAAUGGACGUCCAGCUUCUGCGAGCGGCCAGUCAGCCUCCGGUGGUACCCGGGGCUCGCGUAACCGCACACCUGUCGGCUCUGAGCGGUCAGCAGCUGGAGCGAGCUGCACCCCGACCUCAUCCCAGGCGGUCACCACUGCUCCGAGACAUACUCCGGUCCGGCAGACCACACCUGAUGGAAGAGGAAGGUCAUCGCCCGCACAGAGGGCGGAGCAUGCCGGAGUUAGGACUCCGGGGAGCGACUCUAUAACGAGCAUCACCCAGCCUCCUCCGGCACCGGGGCUGCUGCCGACGCCGCCUUCGAUGGCGCAGCAGCGUCUGUCCGCUUCAUCGCGGUGUCAGGUGUCUCGGUCGCGCCCUUCCCGGCCCAUCCCCGCUUCGGCCUCCGCCCCUCUCCUUCACACACCCCCACCAACAGCGCCACCGCUACCUCCUCCGCCUGCGCCACCUCCCCGACACCUAGCGGCCCUGAUGAGUAGACUCGGUCUCAUGGACCUGCCGCCAGGGGCGCUGCCACCGUUCGUCCGCGUACCACCACCGCCUGCUGGUACGGUGUUCUUUGGGUCACGCUCUCAUGGUUCAUUAGAAGUGGAGCUAGACCGUUGUCACCUACCAAGACGACGGAGCCGGUCCGGCGGAGAGGGUCCCAUCCGGCUCAUGGAACCCCCUCCCCCGCCUCCCGCGUGCUGCCCCGGCGGGUGGGACCAUCGGGACAGCUAUGACCCCAGACUGGACGACCAGAGACCUCAGCUCUGGGAGGAGAGGACCCGGGAGCAGGCGCGGGCCGAGAAACUGCUGAAGAACUUCGACAUGUUCAGGGACUGGGAUUACGUGCCGCGGCUGCCGGCCGACGGCGGUCGACACUGGCGGAGCUGCAGCGACGGAGACAGUGACGGUAGCGACGGAGGCUGCGUCGAGAACGACGGGGGCUGCGUCGAAAACGACGGAGACGUCAGCGGCUACAGCAGCGCCGACAGCGACACAGAGCCGACGAUUACCAUCUGCAGUCGGGUGAACGGCGUGUUCCACUACAUACCGGCGCAGAGACUGCUCAAAGGAACGUCAGCAGCGCCGCAGAGAUAUGACGUCACCGAUACAGCCGUCGGGUGACCUCAUCGAGAUGGAUGUUAGAGGACGUCACAUGUCGGCAGUGGGCGAACAGGAGGACAUUUUCAGAGUUGAGCUGCAUGGGAGAGAGACGUUCUUACGAGGUGAGGAAAGAUGGUUGAGUGGUGUUUACGAAUCGAAUACGGCGCCUGCUGUCGCUGUGAUAGGUGUUUGUGAAGCCCGCUAGUCUCGCACUAACCAAGCGGCGAACACUGGACAGUUGCACCGAGAGUGUCGUUAUAUUAUCUGACCCUCUGGUAGCCAGCCCGACGGCCCUACUCCCGUGCGUCAGCGCUCCUGUGUGGAUAUGCAUCUCCACUCUUCACGUCAGCUGUGUGGACGUUCCACUUAACUCCCCGGUCAGCUGUGUUGACAGUCCACCUCGGUCGCGUUAUAUAGUCAGCUGUGUGGACGCCAACCCCGUCCGUCACUGAUGUGUGGACCGAGAUGGACCGAGGUGGACUGUGUCGACGGUCCACCUCGGUCGUCUGCCAGUCAGCUGUGUGGACGCCCACCCCGUCCGUCACCGCUACUGAUUGCAGUGCACUCCACCCGUCGCUAUGCUGUGUGGAAACCAUCCAUCAGUCAUUAUCGCUGCUUGGAAUGUCCAGUGCUCAUUCCCGCCCAUCGCAAUGCCGUGUCGAACGCCGUCGCAGUCACCUCUCGCUUUAUUUACCCCGGUGGCGAACGCGAGGCUGGCGGGGUGAAUCAUUUUUUCUUUCUUUUAGAGGGCCUCCUGUGUCGACCAGACAGGCAACUGGCGGGACUCAAUGGUGGCGCCAAUUUACGAUGGUGGCUGGUGGGCGAUUUUGUAUAUGCUGAAGCUUUUGGUUUGUAUAUAGGAGGGAGGGCCGGAAUAUUUUGGGUGAAUGAUUUUUAUUCACUGCCAAUACGGUCGCUCAUAUAGCUAUUUUCUAAGAUUUUAUCAUCCGUAUUUUAUCUAUUUCGAAUAAUUCAUUUAUUUUGAAGCGGUAACAAAUUACUAUAGCUUUAUUCUCUAACUCACCAUGUAAAACUUCGACGUGUAAUCUGCGCUAGGUGGGGUUGUGUAUGUAAAUAGCACCUGAGUAAUGUACAACAUUUAAAUGUGAUAAUCACCUCAAAGGCAGAGUUUCAGCACUCGCUGCCUCCAUUUAUCACUGCGUGCAUUCAUGUUGCCUUUGAAUCUGCCAAACAUGGGCUCGAUGAGUGGGUUUUACAUGGCAGAUAAUUGUUUUCACAUUAAAGUGUCCUGUGAAUUCGCCCUGCACUUUCAUCGCCCGUUUGACCAUUGACCGCAUUGAAUAAACAACCGUGAACUGUUCGUGUCA